CAUACCAAAAUCAAUAAAGCAAUCUCAGAAUUGUUCCUCCAUUUCCAUUGGCCUCUCACAUCUAGAGUGAGGCGAAAGAGGGAAAAGGCAGACCAGGAAAAGUUGUUGUAGCUAUCAACAAUAGCUAUUCCUGCUCGAGCUUUUAUUCCAAUGGCUGCCUUUCAAUCCCUCGUUUCUCUUAUCCUCCUCCUCCUCCUUAGCCUCUUAUACGUCACCGUUUCCCAAUCUAUUAUCCGGUUGCCCAGCGACCAUCAAACUCGUGGUGGAGGCGGAGACGAUGAUCUCUAUUGCGACAGCUGGAGACUCUCAGUUGAAACCAACAACGCCGGUUACUGGACCUACGUUCCUUCCAGAUGCGCUCGCUUCGUGGAGCUCUACGUGACGGGCGACCGCUACGUCUCCGACUCUGCGGUCGUGGCUUCCUAUGCGUUUGCCUUCGCAAAGACAGUGAAUAUUGCCGGAGAUGGGAAGGACGCUUGGGUCUUUGAUAUUGAUGAAACAUUGCUCUCCAAUCUACCUUACUACGAACUCCACGGAUACGGAUCUGAACCCUUCGAUGAAUUGUCUUUCGAUAAGUGGGUGGAUUUAGCUGAAGCACCUGCAUUGGCAGCAAGUUUGAAAUUGUACAAGAAGUUAAAGCGGCUGGGUUUUACAAUUUUUUUGUUGACCGGACGGAGUGAAUAUCAAAGGAAUGCUACAGCAAAAAAUCUUGUAUUUGCAGGAUACAGCGAUUGGGAAAAGCUAAUUUUGAGGGGAGUUUCAGAUCAAGGCAAGCCAGCAACUCUGUACAAAUCUCAGAAGAGAUUGGAGUUGGUAAAUGAAGGCUACAGGAUACAUGGAAGCUCAGGAGAUCAAUGGAGUGACCUAUUAGGGUUUGCAACGGCAGAGAGAUCGUUUAAAAUUCCUAACCCAAUGUAUUACAUUUAAUUUAAAAAAGAAAAAAGAAAAAAAAAUAGCAGUUCUGUAAUGUAUUGGCAUUGUUAUAGUUCUUAGUGUAAUUUUCUGUGACAGUUUCUUUCUAUGGUUGGCAUUUUUGUAAUUCUUGGCUUAGUCUUAGUUUUCCUCGAAUUGGGUAAAUAAUAUCACCUGGUAAAAAUACCACCAUCA